AUGCCCGAGGCUGCUCCAGAGCCAUGUCCCUGGGGUCUGCUCAGUGCUCUAGCUUGCUCUGAUGAGUCCAUGAUGAUGGAGAAGAUGCCCCAGGUUGCAGAGGCUGUGCAGCGUGUGUGCAGUGACCCCAGGAUCCGGGUGAGGAGGGCCAUUCUGAGUUUCAUCAAGGAGCUGCUCAGCACUGAUGCCCAGAGCUGCUCAUCCUGGGACGUGGUGGGGCAUAUCUUCAGUGAGUUCAGCCGUAGCACAGGAAAAAGGGUAGCCGGAGACCUUUCUGCUCACGAGGCCCAGGAAGAAGGAGCUCUCCAACAACUGUGCAUGAACAUCCUGGGGUCGCUGAAUUUCUCAGUGAGAGGGAUGACCAAACUUCUGUGGCCGCGGCUGCUGCUCUAUGUGGUUCCAGCCCAAUACACGGGCAUGCUGAUCCCGAUCUCCCGCUGCAUCCAAACCUUGGCAGAGAGAGAGGACCUGGUAGCGCGGGAGAUAGAAGAGCUGGAUCCACAUUUCCUCAGCUCCGUGUUUCAAGGCCCCCUGCUGACUCCCCAGACACUGCUGGUGCGCCUGUUGGUGAGUAGACGCUCCAGAGGCCGGUGCCACAAGCCCCAAGAAGGAAGCAGCAUGGCCGAACGUCAAGAGUCUUUUGCUUCCUAUUGCUGUGCAGGGAAAUCGGAGAGCUUCCCGGACUCUGCAGAGUGGGAGCACCAUCUGCUAAAGUUUCUGAGGGCUUCGCUGGAGACUAUGGAGGAUGACGCCUGGACAAAGGGCCUGAGCUGUGAGCUGAGCCGGUGGCUGGGCAGCUCUCCCAGCAGCUCUGGGGAAAAGUCUUUCCUGUACAAGGCUUUGGGGACAGUGCUGGGAGCUUGUAAGGCAGUCCUCCACAUCCACGUCCAAGACAAGCUGCUGCAACACCUGAUGGAAGCAAACAUGGAGGAGCCACCUGAGGCCCAGGGAAUGAUCUCUCUUGUCAGCCAUGCUGCUGAGGGCAACUUCCACCUAGUCCUGGACACACUCAUCAUGUUUUCGUCCAGGCUGUGCAAGAGCCGGAAUGGAAGGAUUGCCAGGCUCAAGAAGAUUGUACUGGACAGCAGGAGAACUAAUGCCACACGCAGCGCUCUCAUGCUUGCCUAUGGCAGUUUGGCACUGCGUGCCUCCAAGGAACAGCUGCUCGCCCGCCUGGAGGUAGAUAUUGUGGGCAACAUCCUGCUGCUCUACAGCUGCAGCUGCCAGGACUUGCAGAAUAAACUUGCGCUGGUGCAGAGCAUCACCGACUCCAGCUCUGCCUUCCAAACCGUGGGUGAUUCCGCCAGCUUUAACCCCUCCUUGAAGGGCAAGCUGCUGGAGAUCCUGAUGGACUUGCUGAAGAAGUAUUACUUGGGCGUCCCUGUCUCCCCAGUACCCCUCAAGGUGAUUCUGGCCCUGGAGCAGUUGAGUAAGCUGAAGCCCACUUUUGGAAACAAGGACAUACGUGAAAUGUUGACUCUGUGCUGCAAGAACACUGUGACACACCCUUCAGCAAAGAUGAUGCUGAAGAUCAGGAAGUCAAAGCAAGCAGCUCAGUAUCUGCAGCUUCAGCAAACAUCGUUGAAAGCUCUGGGCCGGCUCAUGGUGAUCCUGCUCGAGACAGAGCCCAGCCGUGACUGCUUCGAGAACACAGUCCAAGUCCUGCAGAGAUCAAUCACCUCAGACAAUAUGUGGGAACGCAAGAGGGCCCUGCAGACACUCUCCCAGCUGCUGGCUGCCUGUGAAGAGCUUCGAAGAGGAGAUGUCUGCAAGAACUUUGGCUCCUUGGUGGGAUUGGUGGCACCUCUGACGUGUGACCCCAUGCCCACAUCCCGCCAGUUGGCUGUCACCUGUCUGAGCUCCCUUCUCCAAAUCCAAGCCAAGGAGACCAACACAAUCAUCGAGAUGGGAGACAUCAUGAGCCUGUGUGAGGGGCUGCAUGCUUGCAGCACCACCUCUCAGCUCCAGACCUCAUCCAAAAUCGCAAGGAUGAUCUGCAGAAACUUCCCCAUGGAAUGCACCAUUGACUUCAUGAUGGUCAUCAAGGAGACAUUCAGGAGAGCCAAAGGAAUGCGUGUGCGUGCUGCUGGGAAGUGGAUGAUCACCUUUCUGCAGAUGUACAGAAAGGACAUCUGUCAGGAUGUGCCACUAAUCCUGUACAUCUUGCGCAACUGCACAUCAUCCAUGCAGCAGCAGAGCACAGUCAUGCCCUUCCUGUGCCAGGCAGUCAUCAUCCUCACCCACUGUCACGCGGAGGUCAUGAUUGACAACUUCCGUCGGCUGCUUGGGCCCACAGACAGUGAGACAUGGAGGAGAAUAAGAGAGUUUUGUCUUCGACGGUGGAGCCAGUAUACCAAAGAAAAAAAAAGGGAAGGGAAGGGA